AUGCCUGCCUCUGCCCCCGAAGUGUAUUCAAAGUGUCUCUUUCGUUACAAACACGGCUACCCGCUGUGGGCCCCAGAACCUGGCGACCAUGGGGAAAUCCUCAUCGGCGACGUCGGCUACAUUUCGCGGGGCGGAUUUAAGCCCAUGUUCAACGCCACUUACCCCAAAGAUCAUGCUGUAAAUGCAAGGUACACCCUCCCGGACGACUUCAAGCCUCUGGUGCUUGACCUUAAAGAUCGGUAUCGGCUUCACCAAUCGAUCAUGGCCAAUGUGCUAUGUAGUAGGACCGUGAAAGGCACCGGCGUCAGUGCAAAUGCCACCGUUAACGCCGUCGGCGGAGGGGUGCAGUUCGAGUGCGCAGAGGAUCAGGGUGCCAUGCUCGUCCUCACCGGCCCUGCUGUGGCGGAGUGGCAGGACAAAUCCAGGAGGCGCAUCGGAAACUACAUAGUGUCCAACUGCCAGGAAUGGGUGGCUUUUAAAGGCAAAGAAUUUACGGAGGAUGAUUUCAUCUUCAUAUCAGGACAUGAGAAGACGACACAAUGGGCUGUGGCCGCAAUCACCCAGAGUGGCAGAUCUGCAACCCUUUCGUUCAAUGGCAACUUUGGACCUGCAACCGCGGCAUUCAGUGUGAGCGCGACGCGGGUGUCGUAUCCUCAAUUUGAAUAUCGCCUCGGCCCGCCCGGCUUGGAGUGGGGAGUGAAUUCGCAGCGCGGCGGGGAUCUUGCAAUGGACCAGUCUAUCUUCAUCCAUUAUUUCAAGAUGAAGACUCGGUUCGGUUUCAUCAAGACACUCAAAGCUGCUGCGGAACCACGAGACCCAUCCCGGGCCGCCGAAGAGCACGGUGAAGGUGUGGUCGCAGAGACGAGUGGCACUGAUUCAGACGAUGAUGUCGUUGAACAAGUCCCAUCUGCACACGAGCCUUGGGAUCCUGUAGAUUUCGUUCUAAAUUACAUUCUGAAGCAUUCCGAAGCAGAGGUCGCAGUGGCUAGUACCGAAGAUCUGGGCACGCUGUGCAACAACUAUAUCCCGGAUGACAUCCCCGCUUUUUUGGAACAGACUUUGCCUGACAUCGAAGUGAAUGAGGAGGGCGUCGGCUCGCUCUCUUUGGAAACUUUCGGACUCGACCCGCCAGCCAGUGUCCCCGAGCAGACUGUAGUCCAGAGUACCGCGGACGUUCUUGCUCCAGCUGAGCCUGUCACAAGCAACGCCGAACCUGCUGAAUCCGGCGGCGCCAGCGACCCCGCUGGGCCCAGCGGUGUGGAUAUCCCUGCGCAGGAGUUGUCCUUCGCCCCAGCUCCCGCUGAGAUUGGCGGCAGCGAUAAUUCUGCAGAACCCAGCGGCACCUUGCCCAGCAGCGCGGAUAUCCCCGAGCUUCAACAGUCGUCCGAGCCCAGCCUGGAGGAGGGCUCGUCCAAGCCGCAGGCGCACGGUUCUAAGCACGUGCUGGUUCAGACAACGGGCGGGGUCACCACUCUCGCCUGCGCGGCAGAUGGCGUCGUCGUGAGCGGCUCCGAGGAAGGCACCCUCACUUUGUGGGAUGCGGAAAGCGGGCGGCAGCUCGCAGUGCACGAGGCGCACACAGACGGGAUAUGCGCGAUCGGCGUGUCGCCCGACGGGCGCGCGCUGCUGUCCGCAGGACGCGACGAGGUCGUGCUCCUCUGGGACCUCAACCCGAAGUCCGAGGGCGGCGCGGUGGUGCGCGGGCAGCUGGAGGGCCACGAAGGGUUCGUGGAUGCAUUCGCUUGGGCACCGGAUGGACGUACGGUCGUGACGGGAGCGGUAGACUUCACCGCACGGCUGUGGGAUGUGGAGACGCGGGAGACGACGCAUGUUCUGCGGGGGCAUACCGCGAUGAUCAUGUGGGUCGCGUUCUCGGCGGACGGGCAGCGUGUGGCGACGGCGGCCGCUGACUGUACGGCGCGGGUGUGGGACGUGGCGAGCGGGGCGGAGCUGUCCGUGUUGCGGGGGCACGAGAGCGUGGUCUACACAGUUGCAUUCUCGCCGGACGGGCGGCGGGUGGUGACGGGCGCGGACGACGGGACCGCGCGGGUAUGGCGCGCGGAGACGGGGGAGGAGCUCGUGACGCUGCGUGAGCACGCAGGCAUUGUGUAUCAUGCCGUGUUCUCGGAGGAUGGGAAGCAGGUGCUGUCCGUCGGCGGGGAGGGGCAGGUGAAGGUGUGCGACUCGUUCGGCGCGGAGGUCCUGCGCAGCAUCGACGCGACUGCGGGUACGGACGACGGGCUGAACAUUGGUGUGAUCUCGCGGGACGGGAAGCUCGCGUGCACCGCGGCGAGCGACCACGUUGUUCGCGUAUGGGACCUCGUCACGGGCGCGGCUGUCGCCGCGUUCGAGGGCCAUGAGGACAGUGUGCAGGUGCUUACCUUCUCGCCGGACGCGAAGCGCGUCGUCUCGUCCGGGGACGACGGGACGAUGCGUAUAUGGAACGUGGAGGAGAAGAUGGUCAAGGCCGAGUAG